UGGCUGUCACGUGACUCAGAACUUUGCGGAAAAGUAAACGAAAAUGGCAGAUUUGAAGUGCUCCACUCCACCGCGGUUAAUGGCGUUUAUUGCCCUUUUAUUCGCCCUUUUCUCCACAGGGAGCUCCACAGCCCAAGUGCCUGUUCUAUUAUGGUCCAGUGACGGACUUCCAGCACUGGCUCCUUCUGCAGCUGGUCACAUCAUCUCCACAGACCAGCUGACUGCCUACCUCACCUCUGCCUUAGGCUCCGGCCCUCGCACUGUGGUGUUGUUCCUGCAGGACAAGUUAAGCAAAGAUGACUUCACAGUUUUUGGUGGUGUGUUUGGAAACAAGCAGGAUAGUGCCUUUCAAAAUCUCGAGGCUGCACUGCAGACUUCCUCCUCAUCAGUGACGCUGCCUGCUUUAGAGUGGUCCGGCUCCUCUGCCAUCCCCGCUCUGCUGCAGGAGGAGCUGGGCGUGUCUCCUCUGCUCGUAGACGCAGACACUCUGACACAUCUCAGCAUCAACUCAUCUGCCAGCAACCUGCUGCUCAUCAAUCUCCCUUAUUGUACUAACGCACACAAGUCUUGCAAAGAAGUCCUACAUGCCAAUGACGAGAUAAUUGGGAAAGUUCUGAGUAUCAUGAAAGACAAAAACGUCAAAUACACCGCAGUUUACACAGGAUCACAGCCAUCACGGGUGAUUUCAGAGACAUCCCUAUCAGGUCAGCCUGUCGGGCGCUCCUUGCUCCAAGCCGUUACACCACCAAGCGUCAAACCUCCGAUCAUGUUUAAUGGAACCGGAGGCCCCUGCAUAAUGCUUUGGGCUCAGAAUCUCAACAUCAGCCUCUCGAGCACCGGAGCUUGGAUAGACCUCGCUGCGGACACACCGACGCUGACGGGAUCCUUCUGCAACACCAGCAGCUCACAACUUGUCCUCACCUAUGCAUCCGGCUAUACACUAAGCUUUGCCAUGAGUCAGCGGUUCUAUCCUGUAUCUGCCCGGAACUGGUUCGCCCUGGACUCUGUGCAGCUUCAGGCUAGCAGUCUGACUGCGUCUUUCGGGAGCCGCAGCAUCUACGCCCCUACAGAGUAUUCCUAUCACUGCAUGUCUGUCAGCAGCUUCGGGGAUGCUUUGCUCUUCCCUAACAGCACCAACGCAAACGCCUCGCAGUGGAGGCUCAAUUUCGUCGACUUCCAGAUUCAGGGCUUCAGUUUGGGAAACGGCACAGAUUUCUCCUACGCCAGCGACUGUGCUGGCUUCUUCACUGCAGGGAUUUGGAUGGGGCUGCUGACGUCGCUGCUCAUGCUGUUCAUUUUUGUUUACGGUCUGCACAUGAUCAUGCAGCUUCACACCAUGGAUCGAUUCGACGACCCUAAAGGUCCUUCGAUUUCAGUGCCUCAGUCUGAGUGAAGCAGUCCCUCACUCCCUCCUUGUCAAGUUGAUUUUGUAUAUUUGGACCUUUUCUCUGACGUUUCCCUCAGAUUUCUUCCUCUACUUUUGUUUCCCUGAAUCCCUCCACAGCUGUCUUUACAUCCUGUUUUCUUGCAAUAGACAUUCCAUUUCAUAUCUCUUCAUCUGCAAGUGCCAAAUUAGAAGCACCUUUUGUACGAGGUGAUUUUUGACUGCAUGUGCCUGGAGAUAAAUGUGUGCCAUAGUUUGCCAGACAUUGUGGAUAUUCCCCCUCCCCC